AUGCUGCUUCAUCCUCUCAAGUUACUAACACUCUACUGUCUAUUCACCACAGCACUCGCUGAUCCCAUGUUCAACAUCAUGCUCCCAAAACUGACUGGUUGCCCAUUCACCUUGAACGUUCUUGAUUUCUGCAAAACCACGUUCAAUGCAUGCCUGGACAAGAAAGCAGACCUCCUGACCUGCAAAUCAAAGUUUUUUGAUUGCACUGAGACACCGUUACCUCCUGCCGAGAAACACUGUGCUCCAGAAGUUGCCAAUGUUUGCCGCCUUCUGAAAAACGCUUAUGCUGUACGGAAUGAUACGAAAUCUCCAUUUGAAUGGCAUGUUGAUAUCCGGAGGAUUGUUGAUGAAAUCGGAAGAGACUGUGGAAUUGAAAUCAAUACCAUUGGAAGUCUCUAUCAAUUCGUUUCUAAUGAUAAAUGUACCCAAAAAUAUAAGGCACAAUUGGAUAAAGGAUUUUUGGAGUUGGAUAAAAAAACAUCGAUGGAUCUUCAAAUUCCGGCCGAUCGAUUCAGAUGCGGAUGGCAUUUUGGAUAUAUUGGAAACGUCUUUGCUCGUUAUUGGAUCCUGAAUUCCUGUGGACAUUAUGCGAUUGACUUCAAUCAUAUUUGUUCCAAACACUACAAUUGCUACCUUAAACAAAAAGGCAAAAGAACAUGUGAUCAAGAAUAUGAAUCUGAUAGAAAAAAUCUUGUGUAUGGAAUGGGAAGUUUCAAGGACAGUUGUCAACAGUUGAUUUACAAUAAGACCCACGAGAUAUUUCAACCCUCGGAGGACGUCUACAAAGUCUUUGAGAAAUCCGAAAUUGAAACAAAGAUGCUUUCAUUCAAUGGAAAACUCGACAAACCUCUAUCCAUUCUGGACACUGAAAAUCUCAAUUUCACAACUAUCAAAGUGUUCGAACUCAGUCCAGAUGGCUCUUUGGAUUUGGCUAUUCGAGACAUGUUCAAUGUGGAUAUCUACAAAAAUGGGUGGGCAAGUAGAGUUAUCAUCGACUCAAGUGCCAUGGUUUUCGAAGAUUGUCGCCGUAAUAACCAGCGUCGGAGAUGCUUGGAUCAACUCGUUUUUAGCAUUUCGAAAAUUUCCGACAAGCCCGAAGAAUUCGUAACAGCUAUCAACAAGUUCAAUCAAACGAUUUCUAACCUUCUCGUUUCUCCACCAACAAAAUCUGAAAUCGAGGACAUGAUCAAUCAUAAUUUUUGGAGGUUUGAAAUAAUGUUCGUUAUCCAAUACCUCGUUCUGCUGGCUAUUAAAAAGUUUUGGAAGCUUGUAACGUGCUGGAAAAGACAUCCUCCAACUCCUCCAUCAAACGGUGAAGAGGUCCCACUACGAAACUCUCCAGAAGAGGGUCUCGGAUCAUCGUCCAUGCCAUCCAUUAACUUUUCCGUUGCCAGUGAUACAGUAGUGGUUGGAAGACGUAGACCUGAAGAAGCUGAAGCAGAGUAG